AUGUCUGAAGAUGGGGAUGAUGACCGUGAUGACAUUCUGCCACCACCACCGUUGAUAAGAGAGUUGGGCCGCCACAAGAGAAAUCAUCCGCUAUGCAUUGUGUUGCCCACGAUUAAUCAAAAUACUGAAAUCAAGCCUGACUUUAUUCAAGUUCUUCCAAAAUUCAGCAACUCGCUUGGAGAGAGUGCACAUAAACAUCUUGCUGAAUUUGAUUUAGUUUGCACUACUUUACGCCCUCAAGGUUUUCCUGAAGAUCAUUUAAAAUUACUAACUUUUCCUCAUACAUUGCAGAGUAGAGCUCGAGAUUGGUUGUUAGAUCUAUCACCUGGCUCAAUCAGAACUUGGAACGAUUUAGAGGAGCAGUUCUUGCGUAAAUUCUUUCCAGAAUCAAAGGCUGCAAAUCUAAGAAUAGCUAUUAGUAGCAUCAAGCAGAGGCAACACGAGUGUUUGUCUGAUUAUUGGGAGAGAUUUCAACAAUUAUGUCAUAGAUGUCCUAACCACGGAUUUUCUGAUUAUCAGUUGCUCAUUAAUUAUUUUUAUCGUGGUAUGUCUUCUUUUGACAGGAGGAUUGUUGAUGCUGCUUGUGGAGGAAGUUUGACCAACAAGACCUUAGAUGAAGCAAAACAAUUGAUUUUUGAUAUGGUCACCAAUGGUCAACAAUAUGAGGAUGAGGAUGAUGAUAGGUACAGGCCGAUCAACAGAGCAGAAGAUGUAUGUGUGAAUGAGAAACUCGAUGCUCUAACUUCCUUAGUUAGAGGCAUGGUUGGAGCUCAAAUUCAGAAGGAUAAUCAUCCAAAUUUCAGCUGGAAUCAUUCGCCUGAAUUUUUCACCAGCGCACAGCCGCAGGCUGGGUGGUAUGCCCAUACCGACCGCCCAGAGCCCAGUAUGAGCGAUAUUCUUCAGAGUCUGGCACAGAGCAGCCAGAUUGUUAACAAUUUGGUGCAAAGUCAGCAAGCUUUCCAGCAAGAGACGCAAGCUGCGUUGGGUAGUAUGGGCACACAGAUCACUCUGCUCACCACCCAAGUGAACAAGUUGCAAGUAAAUCGUGGAAAACUUCCAUCUCAAGAAGAAGUACAUUCCAAGGAGCAUGUUUAUGCUAUGCAUUUAAUGAGUGAGGAAGAUUUCUUUGAUCCAAAGCCCAUGGAAGAUGAAAAGGAGAAGGAAGAGCAAGAAAGUGCUCAGAAUGAUGAAGUUGUCGAAGAGGCACAACAAUAUGAAAAUCUCUCUUCUUCCGAGGUAAGUGUUGAAUCUGAAAUUUAUAAUUCUAAAGCAUUAAUUUCUCUCACUUUUCCUUUCAGGUUGGCUCAACAUAAGAAUGGAAAUGAGGAAAAUGAGAUUCUGGAAAUAUUCACGAUGAAUAAAGAACCACCAGAAUAUUAUGAUGAAAUUCAAGGAUGUAAAGUGCAGCUGAACCCCACCAAUGACGGUUUCACUCAGCAUCUGUCAUGCGGUAUGCCCAUACCGACCAGCACUGGACAGAUUGUGCCUUCAAUUGUGAAACUGCCAAAGCGGAAAUUGAAACCACCUGAUGAUUGA